GGGAGGGACUAUCCACAGAUACUGGAAAAGGAGAACAAGCAUUUGCUUUCACAUAAACACCCAGCUUGUACACUGCAAAAGACAAAGCAUGUUGAGGGUACGGGCACUCACUUUCCAGGAGCUUUGCAGAAGCACCCCUUGCUUCGCGUCGCUGAGUCCGUGGCAGAGGCCACCCUUGUCCAACCGGACUCCCCCUGCUCUAGAAGAUGGUGAAGUACGGCCUCGACUACACACGGUGCAGAUGGAUCCUACCCCUGCUCUUGGGCAUAGGUGUCAUCUUUGGUAUCAUUGCGCUGGCGGGCAGGGGCUGGCUGGAGUCGCAGACCUUGCCCUACGUGCACCAAGCGUCGUUAUGGGAGAGCUGCACCAGGCCUGAGCAGGGUGGGGAAUGGAACUGCCAGUCCCUCAUGGAUUAUGCCUGGGGAAGGGCUGCUGCUGCUACAUACCUGGUCGGCUUUCUACUUCUAGUCAUCUGUUUUGCUCUGGCCAUCAUAGCAUUUGCCAUUGACACACUUCGAUUCAACUUCAUACGUGGGAUUGGAGGCUUGCUUUUCGUCGCUGCUGUGUUCUCCAUCAUGGGCCUGGUCAUUUAUCCAGUAAAGUUCUCAACUGAAAUUGAAAUGACGGGAAUCAAUAUGUUCAGCUGGGCCUAUGGCUUUGGCUGGACCACAGCCAUUAUGGAAAUAUGCUUGGGAUUCUUCUUCUGCUGCCUUCCUAACUAUGAAGAUCAGAUCUUGGGUAAUGUGAAGCCCACAUAUUUUUACUCUUCCCCAUAAGCACCAGGAAAAAUGUAUUUGUAUUCCAGAGAUAUCUGACAGACCAGCUACAUUUUCCAGAAUAUUGUCAUUGGAUGUUAGUAGAAAAGGCUGGAAACUUUUCAGAUGUGUGUAGAAAACCAGUACUGGCAUUCUGCAAUAAAGUUAUCUACUCUAUUUUGGACCUUCAUAUAUGUGGUUUGGUUAGAUAAAGUCUAAACAUUAAAACCCCUUGUAUUUCCUCAUUCAUUCCCAUGAGUGGAGUAUAUGUGGAUUCCAUUGCAUCUGAAAUGCAUUAAUAUUUCUAAUUAAAUUCAGGAAAGCCUUUUAAACUACCAAUAAAUGAAACAACAUAUGCCAUCUUCCUGAAGGAAAGCAGUUCACAAAAAUCCUAUUUUGUAUCAUCUUUAACCUGAAGAAAGAGUUUGCAUAUUUUUCAAGAAGGCAAAUACCUUUAUCCACUGACUGCCAAAGUAGUAAAUUAGUCAGACAGCACUUCAUAGCUUUGCUCCCAUUUUUCAUACGAUCACUUAAGCCAUAGGGCAGAAUAAGAAAAAGAUGAGAGAGAGCCCCCUAUCAAAGUCAGCAUCUUGACUUUUACCCAUCUAUGUGGAACGUAAAUAUUUCUUUCUAAAUACUUGUAAGAGUAAGCAAGGACCAUCAGUAAGCCCUUAAAAAUCCUGGCAUGCCGCUGCUGGGGCCAGCACAGAGCGGACAGAAGCAGAGGGAAUUUCCAGCCACCCCUGCAACCUACAGACCUGUUUUGAAGAGGCUGCUGGUGUGGCUUUCUUCAUGAGCAUCUGCCUCUUUUAUCUGCUGUAUGAAAAUCUAUAACUUUGAAAAGCUCUGUUAUACUGGUCCAGAUCUGUUACCCAGCACAGAAGGGUCAGGAAGGACUCAAACAGAGGUAUGGUUGCCCUGCACAUCAGGAGUUGAGCUGGAGCAGCGUGAGUGUAGGUAUCAAACAUUUGUUGAAAGGCCCCUUUUUCAUUGCUUUGCUGUUCAUAAGUAUUUUAAAAGCGGAAAGUGUAUACUGUCAUAUGUAAUUGUAAAAUGCAUAAAUACCCCUUACUAUCUCAUUCUAAGGCUUUCAUAGAGAAAAUCACAUCAUAAAACACCUGUCAGUGUCUAAUACUCCACAGUGCUUGCAAGCCUUGAUAUACUGCAAGCAAUGAAAUAUACUCAAGACUCUGCUGGUUUCUGUCUUGUUAAUCCUAACUUUAUAAUAUUUCAUUUCUUCUCUUAAGUUAAAAAAAAAAAGGUAAUUUUGGUAUGUGGAAGUCUCAUCAAGAUCCUCAGCUACAAAUGAUUAUUAGUUUGUAAUACAUCGCAAUUUUAUAACUAUGACGUUAUGAGAAGUGCCCUGCCAAAUGUUCUUUACUGCAAAGAAUGAGAGGUAGAAAAUUUUUUUAGUAAAACCUCUGGGUAACUAAAAUUAAUAAGGUCACAGGACUUAAUCUGUCUUAAUCUGUUUUUCUGAAGCAGUUAACUCCAUUCACUUUUAUGGGGUGUCUUCUAACUUUAAAUAAACAUGAGAGAUGUAUCAGAAGAGUCUGUGCAACAGGGAAUAGUUAAACAAGUGUCUGCAAAUACAUUAAGAUGUUUCCUAGUUGGGAGGAAAUUAAAAUGCAUUAGAGUUGAGAAAGCAGCAUGUAUAACAUGCCUUCCAAUUCUUUGUGUAAUAUUAUCUGUUCAGAAAAAAAAUUAUCAUAAAUCUUUUCAUUAUGCUUAUUAUACCUAA